CGGCCGCCAUGUUUUCCCGUGACGUCACCAAACGGGAAGUGAGCUCGUUGUUCUCCACGGUGGCUGCGGCUGCUCGCGCGACCCAAACAACUCUUCCUCUCUUCAUCAUCCUCUUCAUCCUCUUCCUCCUCGCGGACCAUGGACGGGAAUCAGUGUUUACUUCCUCCAUCAGCUGCUCUGCGAACAUGAGCACCUCCAACCUGUCCACAGUGGAUGGCACUGAUAGGCUGUGUGUUUCUGAGCGCGCUCAGUGCGUCCCGUCCCGGGUCCUUCACCUGCGCCAGCUUCCUGCCGACGUCUCUGAGCAGGAAGUGCUCGCUCUGGCACUUCCUUUCGGGCGAGUUAGUAAGCUGAUCACGCUGAAGGCCAAGAAACAGGGCUUCUUAGAGAUGGCGUCGGAGGAAGCGGCUGUUUCCAUGGUGAACUACUACACCUCAGCCCCGCCCACCGUCAGAAACCAGCCAAUCUUCAUCCAGUACUCCACCCACCGCGAGCUCAAGACCGACAACCUGACCAAUCAGAGGGUGGCGCUGCACGCCAUCAGCGCAGCAGCAAUGCAUUCUGGGACCGUGGCGUCAGGAGGAGAGGGGCGCGGCUUCGCUCCCAGUCAGAGUCCCGUCCUGAGGAUCAUCGUGGAGAACUUAUUCUACCCGGUGACCCUGGAGGUCCUGCAGCAGAUCUUCAGUAAGUUCGGCUCCGUGUUGAAGAUCAUCACCUUCACCAGGAACAAUCAGUUCCAGGCUCUGCUGCAGUUCAGCGACGCCGUGCACGCUCAGCACGCCAAGGCGUCUCUGGACGGGCAGAACAUUUAUAACGGCUGCUGCACGCUGAGGAUCGACUUCUCCAAACUGAGCGCGCUCAACGUCAAGUACAACAACGACAAGAGCCGAGACUUCACCAGAGCCGACCUGCCCACGGGAGAGCUGGACCCCGCCUCCGCCGCCUUCGGUGUAGCGCUCCCUCCGUACGGAGCCGCAGCGUUCCCGCCCACCUUCCACCAGCACGCAGGUCUGUCCAUGGCGGCCGUCCCCGGCUCGUUGGUGUCUCCUCCUCGUGUCUCCCUGCAGGUGGCGCCCCCUGCUGUCCACUCUGUGCUGCUGGUGUCCAACCUGAACCCAGAGAGCGUCUCGCCACACGUCCUCUUCAUCUUGUUCGGUGUUUAUGGGGACGUUCAGAGAGUGAAGAUCCUCUUCAACAAGAAGGAGAACGCUCUGGUUCAGAUGAGCGACGCCACGCAGGCUCAGCUCGCGAUGAGUCACCUGAACGGCCAGCGUCUCCAUGGUAACGUGAUCCGGGUGAUGCUGUCCAAACACCCGGUGGUGCAGCUGCCUCGAGGGGGGGCGGGGCAAGAAGAGCAGGCGCUGACUCGGGACUUCUCAGGCUCCGCCCUCCACCGCUUCAAAAAACCAGGAUCCAAAAACUUCAACAACAUCUUCCCUCCGUCCGCCACGCUGCACCUGUCCAACAUCUCCUCUUCGGUCAGCGAGGACGACCUGAAGGAAUUAUUCUCCUCCAGCGGCUUCACGGUGAAAGCCUUCAAGUUUUUCCAGAAGGACAGGAAGAUGGCGCUGAUGCAGCUGGCGUCGGUGGAGGAAGCCAUCGAGGCUCUGAUCGCUCUGCACGACCACCAGCUGGACCACAACCAGCACCUCCGAGUGUCCUUCUCCAAGUCCACCGUCUGACCUCCGAGUGUCCUCCUCCAAGUCCACCGUCUGACCGUCUGACCUCCGAGCGUCCUCCUCCGAGUCCAUUGCCUGACCUCCAUGUCUCUUCCUCUGAGUCCACCAUCUGACCUCCAAGUGUCCUCCUCCGUCUGACCUUUGACCCCCUGUUAAACCAUGUGAUUAUUUUUCCCUCCGUCCGGACUUCAGGGCUUCUGAUUGGCCCGUGGCGAUGACUUGUUGAAGGAGGCGUUGCCAUGGUUACAGAGGUUACAGAGCACAUUCCUGAGCGUCUGGUAGCAAUGCAUUAUGGGCAGCGGAGUCCGCGGAGGAGCCGACGUGAGUCGAACAGUUUUUGUCUGAAUGUUUAAAAAAAAGAGAGGAUUUUCAAAAUAAAAGACUUUCAUAUUUAACGUUUGUUUUUAUAUUUAUAGUCAGCAUGAAAAAAAGCCUGAUAUUUAUUUACGCUUCAAUCAUCACGUCUGUUUUUAUUGUUUCAAACUGCCUCUCUGACUCCAGCGAGCGGCCGUGCUACCACCUGAUUAUUGAUCAUCAUGAUUAUUGAUUAUUAUUGUUGUUGUUGUUAGGCGGCUGCGCUCUCAGCCUCCUUCUGUGCCUUAUUUCUCUGAAUGUUCUGCUGGUUUCUGUUUUUUUACGCCCAGGUUGUUUGUUUGGGUGGGUGGGGUUGUUUGUUUGUUUGGGUGGGUGGGGUUGUUUGUUUGUUUGGUGGUGGUGGGUUGUCGAUCAGACUUCAAACGAGUUUUGUUGUUGUAACGUUGUAUCUAUAUUUCAGGAAGGUUUUUUUAAAUCAUGAAUGUAUUUCUACUGAGACAGGUGAUGCUUUGGAAGCCCCGCCCACCUGUGCUACCUGUGUGUGUGUAUUUAUACAUAUAUAUAUGUGUGUGUGUGUGUGUGUGGAGCUGAGCUGUGAUUGGUUGAUCUUUAAACGUCCCGCCUUCUUUGUUUCUAUUAAAAUCUGUUGAAUUCAAAUCAGCUGAUUUUUUUUUUACAUUUUUGGAUCCUCACCGUCGAAACAGGAAACAAGCCACGACAAACAGGAAGCUGCUGCUUCCCAGUUCGACCUUUGACCUGAUCAGAGGGGGCGGGGUCAAACCAAGCCAGAGUUUGUGUGCCUUUUAAUUGGACCAACUUUAUUAUGACAUCACUUCCUGUAUAGAUGCUUACAUGUUUAUCUUAAUAUGUUUUUAGUAUGUCUACACUGUGGCAUCACUUCCUGUUUCAGGACUGCAUAUGUUUAACUUCCCACAAAGCCCCGCCCAUCUACACACAGCGUGAUGUAACACACGUCACACCAUGAAACACGGAGCACGAAGUAACGUUACAUGUAACACGUGUCACUGCACAUACACACAAAUACAUGUCAUAAACUACACGUAUGUUACACACGUGUUACAUGUGACUGGUCACUCGAGUACACGUCUGAUCAUACUGUUGUAAACCGUUUGUUACAUACAUGUAUAUAGUAACAUACUACAUGUAAAGAGCAGUGUCAUAACAUGUUGCAGUACACGCGUGUAACACGUAACACUAAUACACCCUGCAGUGAUUUCACACUCCAU